UCUGCCGCAUCCCAUCCGCCAAGACCAAGCACGCGUUCAGAGCUGCGACUUGCGAUCGCGGUGUCGUAUCUGGCGUAAACACGAUCUUGCGCUAUCAAGUCAUGCUCUCAUAACGGCAACGGCCGAUCAGCACCAACAUGGACAAUGUUCGGCGAUUCUUCUAUGGGCCCACGCCCGAGGAGCAGAAGCGCAAAUGUAGCGCGCUCCUGCGUGCGAAUACUCGCAAACUUGACCGUGACAUCAUGAACCUCAAAACCCUCGAAUCCCAAACUCGGACUCGAAUCAUACAGGCAUCAAAACGUGCCCAACGCAACCCCUCUCAGGCGAAACAGGCUGCGCAGGAGACGCGCAUUUUCGCAAAGGAGAUGGUGCGCAUGAGGAAACAGACCCAACGGCUCACGACCAGCAAGGCCACAUUGGCGAGUGUUGGCAUGCAGGUCAACGAAGCAUUCGCGAUGCGAAAAAUUGAAGGCAGCAUUAGGACGAGCGUGGGAAUAAUGAAGGAUGUCAACACCCUUGUGCGCCUUCCGGAGCUUACCGGUACCAUGCGGGAACUGUCGCAGGAGCUGGUCAAAGCGGGCAUCAUUGAAGAAAUGGUCAGUGAUUCCAUGCCCAAUCAGGACGAACUUGAGGAUGAGGAGGAGGAGGCCGAGGCCGAAGUGGAUAAGAUUUUGGGCGAGAUCUUAACUGAGAAGGUCUCGGCACCGGGAGCACAACUACCGGCCGGGCCAUCUGCCCCGAUAGACUCGCAGGAGGCGGAAGAGGAGGAUCUAGACUCGGAGGAGAUGCUCGCGCAGAUGCGUGGGAGACUCCAGGCACUCAAGAGUUGAUUUUCUCGUCGUCAGGACCAUUUUGUGCAAGCUCACGCCUAUGAAUUCUUCUCAAUUGUAAUCGUCGAA